AUGCACAGGUGCAGUAUUCCGUAUCAGCUGUUUGCUGAUGACAAUCAGCUGUUGAAGUCGGCUCGCCGUGGUGACGAGUCCCAAUGUACAGCGUUGGUUACAAGCAUGGAGGAUGGUAUUAGGAAUAUUAAAACGUGGCUUUCAAAAAACAUGCUUGCCCUUAAUGCGCCAAAGACCGACAUGGCUAACUUUGUCAGCGCCAGGGGAUCGGGCUCUAUACCGGGGAUCAACAUUGACGGUGUCUGGAUUCAGUGUUCCAAGUGUGUUAAGGAUUUGGGGGCAUGGUUGGAAGGGGACAUGAGCAUGCGCAUGCAGGUAAAAAUGACUUGCAAAGCCGCCGUCGCCAGUCUUUAUAAGAUCGGCCGCAUUAGGAAAUUCUUGGACAAACGCAGUGCUGAAAGGCUGGUCCAAGCCUUCAUUACAUCAAGGCUUGAUUCCAACAAUGGAAUUCUAUACGGUCUGCCUGAUACGACUCUUGCACCGUUGCAACGGGUGCAAAAUAUGGCAGCAAGGCUGAUAUGUCGCGCAAAGAAAUUUGACCAUGUAACGCCCUUACUCAAGGAGCUACACUGGCUUCCCAUCAAAGCCAGGAUUGAAUUCAAAGUUCUGUGUGUGAUCCACAAGUCACUAAAUGGUGUCGGACCGGAGUACCUCAAUGACCUCCUCCUGGAAACAGAAGGUCGCACUAGGUCAACCACUUUCAAGACCCUUCAGGUCAAGCGGACCAGAUCGAGGUACGGUGACCGCAGCUUUUCAAGGUGCGGCCCGUACCUCUGGAAUAAACUUUCACUUGAACUGAGGUCCCAGCCAGAGACAAUGUUCAAAAAACAAUUAAAAACUUUGCUUUUUAAUCAAUUCUUCGGGGAGGUGGCGCUUUGA